UUUCAAAAUGAUUCAAAUCGAACAAAUCUGAUAAGGUCUGAUUUAGUUGCAGCGCUCGCAACUUCACGACUUUUGCGACGGGUCGCAACUAGACAUCGCUUCGUUUUAAGACGGUCCCAUGCCAGAAGCUUCGCGAACCAUUGAGUAUCACUACAUAAAACAGAAGUGACAUGUUCUCCAUUUCGCUCUCGGCUCUGUGUUUGCUAACACACGGUGAACUGGGAUUAUCGUGGAUGUGUGUGCAUCCUGCAUGUAGGGAUGAAACGCAAAAGAACGUAUACCCGUCACCACAGAAAUGAGUGAGUCGUCGUCAGUUCACUCGGUGAAGCUUGUUUCGUUGGCCAGAUCACUGUCCGGGCUUGGGCUCGAUGCCGCCAAUGGAGGCCUCAUCGGCCCCCCAGACAACGACGAGCCCCCUCCCCCGGAGUCCGGCAUUGAUCUAGGCCCUGGGCUUUUUUUCGCUGAUGGCAAGAGAAAAGUGGACUAUGUCCUUUGCUACAAAUACAAAAAAAGGCAUGCUUCCAAGUCACGCCUUUCCAUUUCAUCCAAUGGGAGUAUACCAAUACAAAUACCAGGCCAAUGGGAAGCAGAAGCAGAGGCUGGGGAGGCAGGGGCACCUGCCGGAGACGUGGAGGAGUCAAAGCUGUCCGAGGAGGAGAAGGCUUUAAUGAGAGAAGAGUUUGAGGCGGGACUACUGGAAGCUGGACUGCAGAUAGAACGCGAUAAAGAGAGGUCAAAUGGCAUAGGGUUCAUUCGGCUGCACAUCCCGUGGCCAAUACUCAGUCGCGAAGCAGAGCUCCAGAAGAUCAAAGUUGCUGUGAAAAAGAAGUGCGAACUGCGGAAACGGACGGGCAUUGCUGGGAAAUGGGACUCCAUCGUGACCAAAGUCAACACGCCGUUUAAACCGGACGUCCCUGACUUUGACGUCCACAGGGACUCAAAGACACGAGUCCAUUUCAAAACCAUCAAACACCAUUUUAUCAGAGACAAGCUCCACCUGUAUGACAUCAAGUCAACAGAAACCUUAUUUGAUAAUGCAACACGCAGCAGAAUAGUGGCGGAGAUUAUUUCGCGUACUACCUGCAGACAAACUUGCCAAACCACUGGCAUCAACUCAUUAUUGGCUCGGGGUGUCUACGACUCUGCCUUCCCUCUGCAUGAUGGGUCGUUCACAAGGAGAGGACGGAAAGAUCAGCAAAAUGACAGACAGCUCCUGCACGAAGAAUGGGCUAACUAUGGAGUCAUGCAUAAAUACCAGCCUGUGGACCUGAUCAGGAAAUACUUUGGAGAGCAGAUCGGGUUGUAUUUUGCCUGGCUGGGUGUUUAUACUCAGCUCCUCAUCCCUCCCUCUGUACUGGGCAUCAUUGUAUUCCUGUAUGGCAUAUUCACCGUGGAUGCCAAUGUGCCAAGUCAGGAGACCUGCGAUGACAACCUGAACAUCACCAUGUGCCCACUGUGUGAUGGAGUGUGCGACUACUGGCGUCUGAGUACGGUGUGCUCACUGGCCCGGGCUUCAUACCUGUUUGACAAUGGAGCCACUGUCCUCUUUGCUAUUUUCAUGUCUCUGUGGGCUGCCUGUUUCCUUGAGCACUGGAAAAGGCGACAGAUGUGUCUGAAACAUACCUGGGACCUGACGAGCUUGGAGGAUGAGGAGGAGGAGAUGAGGCCUGAGUAUGAAGAAGCUUUACAGGAGAAAAAAGCCAAGAUGAAAGCACAGUCCAGGAAGAAGUUGACUCAAGCUGGAGAUGGUGCAGAUGGCGAAACAGACCAGAUGCUGGCCUCCCAGCAAGAGCCAGAGUCUCUGGACAUUGAGGAUCACCUGUCCGGGUACCUCAUCAAUGUGUCCACCUUACUGCUACUGAUCUUCGUGACCUUCUCGGCAGUGUUUGGGGUGGCAGUUUACCGUAUCUGCAUGUUAAGUGUGUGGUCAAUGAACCCUGAUCCUGAAGCCAAGGCCAGUGUGAGGAUGACUGUCACCACCACAGGCAUCAUCCUCAACAUGCUGGUGGUUCUGGUGUUGGAGGAGGUUUAUGGAGCAAUCGCUGUGUGGCUGACUGAACUGGAACUCCCUAAGACAAAGGAAGAGUUUGAAGAGAGGCUGAUCUUCAAGUCUUUCUUUCUCAAAUCCAUGAACGCCUUUGCACCUAUUUUCUAUGUGGCCUUCUUCAAGGGCAGGUUUGCUGGGCGGCCCGGCGAUUAUGUUUACGUCUUUGGAGACUAUCGCAUGGAGGAAUGUGCUCCUCCAGGGUGCCUCAUCGAACUUUGCAUCCAGCUCAGCAUGAUCAUGCUCGGAAAGCAGCUCAUCCAGAACAAUGUGUUUGAGGUCCUCAUACCUAAGCUGAAAAAGAUGUACAGAACAAUACAGGAACAAAAAGGAAAGAAAAGAGCAGCAGAAGAUGAGGAGAAUGAAACAGAAGAGAAGAGACCAAAACAACAAUUUGACAAAGAUUUCACCCUUGAACCCUUUGAAGGCGUCACCCCAGAGUACAUGGAAAUGAUAAUUCAGUACGGGUUCGUGUCUCUGUUCGUGGCCUCCUUCCCGCUGGCGCCAGCGUUCGCCCUGCUCAACAACGUGAUCGAGAUUCGCCUGGAUGCUGCAAAAUUUGUCACUGAGAUCCGGCGGCCCGACGCUGUGAGGUGUAAAGACAUAGGGAUUUGGUACAACAUUCUCUGUGGAAUCAGCAAGUUCUCUGUCAUUACCAAUGCGUUUGUCAUCUCCUUCACGUCAGAGUUCGUUCCACGAAUGGUUUACCAGUACAUGUACAGUGUAAAUGGCACCAUGAAUGGCUACACAGAGCACUCCCUCUCUUACUUUAAUGUCAGCAACUUCCCACCGGGCACUGCGCCCACCUCCACCCUCAUCACAGGAGUCUCAAUGUGCAGGUAUAAGGACUACAGAGACCCACCGUGGGCACCAGAUGCCUACACCUUCUCUAAACAGUACUGGUCUGUCCUGGCAGCAAAACUUGCCUUUGUAAUAUUCUUCCAGAACCUUGCCAUGUUCCUAAGCAUGUUGGUUGCCUGGAUGAUCCCAGACGUACCACGGUCUCUGCGGGAACAGCUGAAGAAAGAGAACAUGAUGCUGAUGGAGUUCCUGCUGAAUCAAGACCAAGAAGCACGUGCCAAAUCUCACUCCCCAAAACGCUCCAUCCCCUGCUUCCCCACCAACAUAGACAUUGUGGUGGAGGCUCUACCAGAAGAGCAAGAGGAGCAGCAAGUGGAGGAGGAGGAGGAAGAGGCGGUUGAGGUCAGUUUGGAUGAACCCAGAACGACCAGUCGCAGUGAUCCAGAGGUCUGGAGGACAUUCGAAAAAGUCGAAGAUAAUGGACAGAUACAGCGAGAAGGUGAAGGAGAAGAUGAGGGUGGAGAGGUUGAAAGGGAAGAAAAGGAAAAACAUGGAGAAGAAAAUGAAGGGGGUGGUACGGGGGAUAAUGAGCAAGAGGGAGUAAAAGAAAAAGAGGAUGGUGGACAAAGACAGGAAGAAGAAAAUGAAGCGAAGGCAGAUGAGAAGAAUUUUAAUGUUGAUCUGGACUCCUUCAUGAGCGAGCUGGGCCUGUUAGAUGAGGAACCCUCAUCGAGCAUAUCUAGAGAUACAGGGCUUCUCCGCUCAGUCUCCAAACAGGAAUACCGGAAAGAUCAGGAACCUCUGUCAAAUCCAUCAUCCAAAGGAGGCUCAUCUGAGAGUCUGAAGGGCUCCAGGGCACAAUUUACAACAUCAGAUAUUGACACUAGGCCGUUCUCACUCAUUGCUCCUCCUCCCAGAGAGCCAGUCUCAAGGGCAAAGGCCCGUUGCUCCACCUUGCCUUCCCGCCACAGAGGGGCUGAGGCUUGUUACAGCCUGCCCCGGCCCAGCCACUCCACCAGCCUCACAAGGUUGCAGCAGACGGCCACACUCACUCCUCUGAUUCCCCUGGGGUCGUCAUUAUCGGCCUCAUCCAGCCCAUUCCCUCGCCCGCACACACCUGUGUCACCUUCAUCUCCACAUCCCACACGGUCCCCAUCGCUCAACCCCGAGUCCCCACAGCCAAAAGCCCCCAGUGAAUUGUUUGCGCUGAAAGGCCCUCCGCCCCAACAGCCACGCUCCAGGGGCAAAGCCCGGUGCUCCACCCUGCCUCCACGACAAAGAGCACCUGGUCCUGAGGAACACUCCACCAAGCCUAGCCAUUCCACCAGCUUUACAAAGCUGGGAGACCGCAUCCCCCCUUCCCCAAGUGAACUGAAGCGCAACACGCCAGUAUGAGGAGAGCUUGAAGGUGAAUGAAAGGGACAGAGGGUGGCAGAGGGAGGGGUUGGGCUAUCCAGAUUAGCCUCUCCUGCCUGUGCCUGGAGCCUCACCCCUCCGUCUCUCCUCCCCAUGUGCAUACAUAAGACCUGGGGUCUGAAGAGAGACCAUCCAGAUCAACUGAACCUCCUUUUUAUCCUCUUAAUCCUCACAGAGAUGUUUAUAAUGCUCAGUGGUUUAGGGCUGAUCCUGACAAGGGAAGUGUUGGACAAUUCCGAGAAAGACUGCCUGGAGACUCUCCUUGCCAUGCCCAAAGGAAACACCACUGGAACUUUAACUCUUUCUAUUCUUUUUUUUGUUUGUUUGUUUGUUUGUUUUUGCUCGCAGCCACAGCCCCCUCUGUUAUUUUCAGGCCCACACAUGCAGCAGUGCUGCCUUGUAGACCAGAGCAAGAUGGAAAUGUAUACAGCACAGUUAGUAUCACCAGUUAUGCUUGUAGAUCUACUGUUUAUUUUUAGAAGUUUUGAUAUUUUAAAAAAAUUCUAA